AUGGCGUCAAAUAUCCUGAAAGCACUAAUCCGAUCGCAGAUUCUUCCAUCUUCGAGGAGGAAUUUCAGUGUGGCAACCACACAACUCGGCAUUCCAACAGACGAUCUUGUGGGCAAUCACACCGCCAAAUGGAUGCAGGAUAGAAGCAAGAAGUCACCAAUGGAACUGAUCAAUGAGGUUCCACCUAUCAAAGUUGAUGGAAGGAUUGCUGCUUGUGAAGGAGACACCAAUCCUGCCCUUGGUCAUCCCAUUGAGUUCAUAUGCCUCGACCUAGACGAGCCUGCGGUUUGCAAGUAUUGUGGCCUUCGUUACGUUCAAGAUCAUCAUCACUAA